AUGUCUGCUAUAUCGACUACUGCCGUGCCCCACCAGGACAGCGCGAUGCGCCAGCGUCCCAUCGGAGAUAUGCUCUCUCAACAAUUCGCACCGUUCGACCACCGCUCGAAGGUGGUCGCUCCCUUCGACGACGAGACCAAGCGGGAUGCAGCGUUCAUCGAGAAACUCAACGUCAUGCUACUGGAGCUCAUACUCGACUUCCAUGCGUGGUCUGCCGCACGUCCUAUGCACGAGAGCGAUAGAACAGCCGACACCCUGGAGAAGGAAGUGCAAACCAUCCGAGAGGCCGAGAAAGAGCAAGAAUUGACGCGGCAACGCCUGAACGACUUCAUCACGCGCAUCAAACUCGCUCUGGCUGCUCUGACUGGACUGGGACCUUGA